AUGUCCACGCCAGACUUAGAGGCCGCGCCAUCCGCUGACCCGGGGGAGUACGCACGCCUGCUCAAGGAGCGGGUGGCGCCCGUGCUGUCGGAGGGGCUCCUCCUCGCGCUGCGCGACCGACCGACCGACCCGCCCGCCUACCUCGCCGAGUUCCUGGCCAGCAAGGGCUCGGGCGUCUCGGCGCCCGCAGUAGUGGCGGCAGCUCUGCACGAGCGGCAGCUCUCCGCCGAGGCCUCCUCGCUCCAGGCGGAGCUGGCGGCGCUGGACGCGCAGCUGCUCGACGCGCGCGCCGUCGCGGCGGCACGGCUUCAGGCCGAUGCCGCCUCCGCCUCCUUUGAGCUGCUGCCCUCUGAGCUCGGGCGCAGGCUGGGAGAGCCGUCACAUGCUGGUGGUGUGGACGAUAUGGCACAUGCUGCGGCUUGCAGGCACGAGACGCGCCGGGUUGAGAGGCUUGUGAGGAGCCUCAGGGCACGGAUGGAUGAGGUACGCUAA